CGACAUCGACCCCUUCAGUAACGUCUAUAUAGAGGACAGCACACACCAAACCCCAGGAACGUUUGAACUACAACUGGCAACUGAUUCAGGGAAGAUAAAUCGACCCCAAUCCUUAACAAUAAUCCGACCUGACACCUACAACACCAAUAUUCGCCACCUACCCGCAACUUAAGCAACAAGUUGAAAGCACCAUCAACAUGUCACAAAGCGGCCCCGGCAGCGACAAGCUCAACGAGAUCGCCCAGCAGGCUGAGCGCGACCUGAACACCUACCAGUCCAAGACCGGUACCGGCAAGGGACGUGCCUCGGGACUCGAGGACUUUGGCGUCAACGACACCAUCGACCGCAAGUUCCCGGGCGCCGAUGUCAAGGUCGGCGAGAACCUGAUCACAAACGCUAGCUACGAUCGGCAGAUCCCCGCCGACGAGGGCGGCGACGUGGACGAGAAAGGACGCUUCCUCCGUGGGUCGGCGUACGAAGGCCCCGGCGGGCCCGAGGACAAGACGGCGCAGGCAUACAAGCAGAAGCCCGGCAGCAUCGACGAGGCCGACGUCAAGGCCCGGGGCAAGGACCCGCGGGCGCUCCGGACGCAUGACCGGUCCGAACUGCUGCCGUCGGACCAGGUGCUGGGCGGCCGCGGACGCGAGCCGGCUCAUCAGGGCGACGUCUCGGAGCAGGGACGACUGGCGUCCAAGGCGAACCUUGGGAUGUCGGCCCACAGCCGCGAGGAGGUGCCCAGCCAGGGCAGCAAGGGCAGCGAGUACAGGGGCGAGUACUAUGAGACGCCCGAGUCGGUGCAGGACCAGUAUGCAGAGCAGGGCGAGAUACCGCCUGAGAGCGUGGUGGAGAGGUCAAAGAAUAUUUGAGGAGGGCGAUGGGAUGGAAUACCGUCGUCGUCCGGUUCUAUGUGGUGUAUUAGU